AUGGUACAGAGCUAUCUGAGGCAUGGGCCAACUCAGGCCUUUGGACUUGUAUGCAGUCCUUCGUCUAACUCGGUAUACGAUGAUCGAAUAGCCUAUGUUCCCGCAUUGGAAGACGUACUGGUAUGGGACGUCAAGAAAGGUCAGAUGCUCGCUAUGUGGCACGAGACGGGGCAUAGAGCCGAGGUAACCUGCAUCCAGCGUUCCCCGCGCAAGGAUACCUUUGCAGUAGGCUACGCAGACGGGUCUAUUCGAUUGUGGAGUGCCUCUACAGGCACGGUGACUACCACAUUGAAUGGCCACAAGAAAAUGGUCACCGCUCUGGCAUUUGACGAUGCUGGUACACGCCUUGCGUCGGGUUCGCAGGACACGGACCUUAUCAUAUGGGAUAUCAUUGCGGAAGCGGGUCUGUUCCGCCUGAGAGGUCACAGGGACCAGAUAACUGCGAUCCGAUUCAUAAACGCCCCAUCCGCCGUCCAGCCCUCUACCUCAACAGCCUCCAGUCCCGGGUACAUCUUGACUGGCUCGAAAGAUACUUUCCUGAAGCUAUGGGACCUCUCCACACAGCACUGCAUACAGACUCUGGUCAGUCACCGCGCGGAAGUAUGGUCGAUGGACCUGGACAAGGAGCAGAAGGUAGUUUUCACUGGUAGCGGAGAGGGCGAACUGAGGGCGUGGCGCCUCGAUCAGGAAGCGCUUGCUGAAGGUCUGAAAGAGACCGAAACUGGGCAGCUCACGAAAAUGAUACAGCCAAUCACCACCCUCCCUCUCUCGUCCUCCCAUAGGGUUUCCCAAAUAUCGUUCCACCCGACUCUCCCGUAUCUCGCCGUACAGUCCCACGAUCGGUCUGUCGAGCUCUUCCGUAUCCGGACUGAAGAAGAAGUGAGGAAAAAGCAGGCGAGGCGUAGAAAGCGCGCCAAGGAGAAGAAAGAGAAACACUCUGGUAAGGGUAAGGACAAGAAUGGGGAAGAGGGCGACGCGGAUAUGGACGAGAACAAGGGGAUCGAACUCGUAGACCUGUUCACACCAUACCUUGUCGUCCGGGCCAGCGGGAAGAUUAGGUCGUUCGACUUCCCGACUUCGGAGUCCAGUCUAAAGGGGAACACUCAGCUUUUCGUUGCCCUGUCUUCCAAUGCACUUGAGGUGUACAAUAUUCCUCCACCGACGAAGUCCAAAGAGGAGACCUCAGAGGCUACUCGCAUGUACUCUCUCGAUUUGCCGGGGCACCGCACGGACGUCAGGACGUUGUCAUUGAGCUCGGACGACAUGCUCCUUGCAUCGGCCUCGAAUGGCUCCGUGAAAAUCUGGAAUAUGAAGACGACUGCCUGCAUCAGGACACUAGACUGCGGAUACGCAAUCUGCAGCACCUUCUUACCCGGUGAUAGGCAGGUUGCCGUCGGUACGAAAUCCGGCGAUAUCUUCAUCUACGACCUGGCAUCCUCGUCGUUGGUAGAGACUAUUCAGGCGCAUACAGCGACCGUCUGGUCUAUGCAGGUCCGCUCCGAUGGCAUGGCCCUUGUCACUGGUAGUGCGGACAAGGAUGUCAAGUUCUGGGAGUUCGAAGAAAAGGAGAGUACUGGUGUUGAUGCGCAGGGGCCCAAAUUGGUCACAUUGGUUCACGUCCGUACACUGAAGAUGACGGACGAUGUGCUCUCCGUCCGGUACAGCCCGAACAGAAAGCUCGUGGCUGUCUCGCUGCUGGAUUCAACUGUAAAAGUAUUUUAUGAAGACAGCUUGAAGUUCUUCCUCUCCCUUUACGGGCACAAACUGCCUGUGCUGUCGAUGGAUAUCUCAGAUGACUCGAAAUUGAUCGUGACAUGCUCUGCGGAUAAGAAUGUCAAGAUAUGGGGUCUCGAUUUUGGUGACUGCCACAAAUCAAUAUUUGCGCAUGACGAGAGCGUCAUGCAGGUGGCGUUUGAGAAGAAGUCGCAUUACUUUUGGUCAGUCGGCAAGGACAAAAUGCUGAAGUACUGGGACGGUGACAAGUUUGAGAACAUCCAGAAGUUGGAAGGUCACCAUGGGGAGAUAUGGACACUGGCUGUGAGCCACUUCGGUAAUUUUGUGGUCACUGGGUCACACGAUAAGUCUAUCCGAGUCUGGGAGAAGUUGGACGAGCCGCUAUUCCUUGAAGAAGAACGAGAGCGAGAACUCGAGGGCCUUUAUGAAAGCGGAAUUGCUGAGUCCAUGAACCGUGAGGAUGGACCCAUAGGUAGUGGAGCUGCAGACGGCGGUGAGGCACCGACACAGGCAGAAGCUACCGCGGUCUUGAAGCAGACUACGGAGACCCUGAUGGCUGGCGAGCGCAUCAUUGAGGCGCUUGAUCUCGCAGACGCAGAGCGGGCGGCGUUCAGGGAAUACGAAGAAGCGAAGGCGUCCUUGAGCCCAGAGGAGGCGGAGAAGUUACCGCCCCCCGCUAGGAACGCUGUGCUCGCAGCGUAUGAUGUGACCCCAGAAGCGUGGGUUUUGCGCGUAGUCGAUAAAAUUCCCAAUACAGCGCUUCAGGACGCGCUAUUGGUCUUGCCCUUCGGGAAAGUGGUGUCCUUGAUGAACUAUCUCAACAUGUGGGCCCAGAAGGAGUGGAACAUCAUUCUCGUCUCGCGGAUCAUGUUCUUCCUCCUAAAGACGCAUCACCACCAAAUUGUCGCAAACCGGAUCAUGCGCACCACCCUUAUGUCGCUCCGCAAGCAUCUACGGUUCGUGCUGCAGCGGCAGAAACAGACGAUAGGUUAUAAUCUAGCCGCACUUCAAUUCAUUCAGCGUCGGAACGACACCGAAAGGACGGCGCAGUUCUAUGAGGAAGAAGGCAUGGACGAGGAGAAAGUGCGAGCGAAGAUUGCCGAAGGGAAGAAGAGGAAACGAGUGAGCAUCAAAGCUUGAUGGUCUUGACUCGAGGAGACAUCCCACGGGAAAAGUAUAGUGUACAGGCUGCAUAGAGUAUAGGAUGUAAUGAUACAUGUAUGAUGUUACAAGGCUAAUGCAGACGGAGAUGUGGUGCCGAGGCGCUGCCUACAGACGAUAAUCUUGGA